CAGGCAGCCAGCAAACAAAUCCGUAGGAGAAGAUCCACUUCUUCCAGCCUCAACACAUGUGCUGUGCAUAUUGCCGCAGAUCAUUUGUUCUUUAAACAUGUGGGUUUAUCUUCUGAGCGAGCUACGGUAACAGAGAUGGUGUAUCACAUGGGGAUGGCUGAUAGAUCCUUUAGAGCAACUGACUUUAACCAGGAUGGGGGAUCUGGAGAUGGUAUUGGUUUUGUCAUAGCAGCUGUAACGGUUUUCCACAACGAGACCUCCGAAGGUAGGUUGAUCAAGAUCAAGGCUGAUAAGGAUGUCAAAGGCGAAAGCCAUUAGCUGAACCAGGAGAGUGGGAUGGGGGUGGAGGGGGUGCAUGUUUCUACCAUCGAUUCGAUGGGUAUAUUUGAUUGGAAACGAGGCUGAUCGAGGGUAUAUUUGAUUGGAAACGUAACGAGGUUGCUUGAGCAAAGUGAAUUAAAACAAAUGGCGUUCGCAGCUAUUCGUAGACGAAAUAGCUGAAUUUUUUACUUAAAUUGAAUGGAAAAAAAUGUAAGAAUGCGCAAAACGGAUUGCUCGAUGGAUUUUAUAGACUCUUAGGAGUAUCUGCAAAAAAAGAAAAACAACAACUGUUUAUAUCCUGAAACAGUGACGAGAAAUAAGCCAAAGUUUUGAAAAACGUCUGCUUACAGGUAAGCAUGUUAAGAACUGAGAAAUAUUUUGAAUUAAUAAUAAAACAAUUCAUGAAUUCGGCUGUCGUACGGCUGUCGUUCUGCAGAUCCUCCUCGAUCUGCAGAAUUCUUCACAUCCUACUCAGCCUCACCCCUCAUUCAACAAUUGUUAAAUGAUCAGUGACUGCUGAUGUAAAUAAUGAGCCUGGAUGAGCAGAUACAUCUCAGAUAAAAAUUAACCAAUUGUAAAAAACUAUGGCUAAUGCAAGCUUAACCAAUCGCAUACGAGUUCUUAACAACUCAUCCAGGCUCAGUCUUUCCAGAGACUGAAAGCAAAAUUGAAUUGUAGUGAUAAAAUUCUGCACAAUUACAGAACAGUACUCCCUGACGUCUUGUUUUUUUACAACUCAGGCUCUUUAGCAAGCCCAGAAAGCAUCAAAAUUAUGCCUUUUCUCGAGAAAUGGAGCGAGAUCGAUCACGACUCAUACUGUCUGGCCCUACUGUUCACAUACAGAGACUUUGAAGACGGGGCCUUAGGACUUGCCUGGGUAGCAGACCCUGAGGUAGACACACCUGGCGGAAUAUGCUCAAAGAGGCUUCCUGUAGAUGAUCUAGGCGAGGAGACAUUUAAUUUCAACACAGCAAUUGCGAGCUUUCAAAAUUUUGGCGUCAGGAUCCCAAGGAAAGCGUCAGUGAUCACUGUUGUUCAUGAGCUUGGACACAGCUUUGGAUCAGAGGUAUAUGGCAUGCGCAACAACGUACGAUGAUGAUCAUGAAUGAUAAGCAAAGACGGCGGAUUGAUUUUCUUGACCCUCCCCCCGGGACAUUCCCUUAUUUGGCCGGGUAUGUGCCGCUACGCGUAAAUGCCGGGUAUGGUUUUCAGGGUAUCAUUGAGUCUUAAACAGGGUGUACAAUUUUUAAUUUAGCUUUCCAAGGCUUUUAAAAGAGUGUAAAGUUUAGCAAUGAGUGGUCUUCAUUUGGGUGGUACGCAGCAAGUUAUUGUUUUUCUUUUUUGCAAAAAUCGCAGAUUAACAAAAUGCUAAAUGAAAUGAAUCGGGGUCAUUCAAUAAGGUCUUUUGUUUAGGGUAGCGAAAUGAUCGAUGAACGAUGAAUGAUGUUUGUCGAUGUUGGCCAGGGUUUGAAUGCCUUAGCCGGCACACCUCGAAGGGCAAAUAAUACAUUUGAAGAGCUAAUUUUCUAGUCAACACUCUUAGUAAAAGGUAGUGUAUGGUUUGUUUUUUUAUCAUCAUCAUUAUUAUUAUCGUUAUUAUUACUAUAAUUAUUAUUAUUGUGAUUUUUUUCUGAUCUUCCCAGCAUGAUCCGGACUCCGCGCAAUGUUCACCGGGUGGAAAAGCUGGUAAUUUCAUCAUGUACUCCCGUGCCAGCGAUGGGCAUGAACCGAAUAAUCUUCUGUUCUCUCCAUGCAGUAAGCGGCAGAUAGCUCUUGUCAUUUCUAGAAAGGGUGCUGAUUGUUUCAUUGGUGAGUUAUACAUUAGCAUCCCACGUAGGCGUUUUUAUACCCUGUUAGCAAAGGCCUCUUUUCCCUGGUAUUCGGCGGGCGAAUGCCAGGGACAAAAGACCUCUGCUAGAAAGGAAGCGUUUUGAGGGAGGUUGUAUUUCCUCCCUCCCCUGAUUACGACUUCCCUAAAAAUACCUUCGUGGGAGGCUAGCUAUACAUAAGCCCAACAUUGAUUUGUCCGCUAUAGCCUGCUAAGUAUCCAAAAAGCAUAACACAACGCCAAGCAAUGCAUGCGUCUCGAUUAUAGCUAAAAUUUUCCUCACAUAGUUUUUAAGACUAUUAACAGACAUUUCGAUUCAUUUUUAACGACAACUGUUUCAGUUCUUUUCGUAGUUAGUGGAAAAUAGUGAAAAUACGGGUACAGAGAGUGCUAGCCCUUUCCACAAGACCAGUCUUUUUGGUACUCAAACUCGUCCUCAGGGUGCCCGCCCGCACUUUUUAAGGAAAAGGCUCUUUGGGACGGGAAUGUUUGGCCUUUUCUGAGUCGCGAACGGAGCGAGAAAAAUUAAAGCGAGGGAGAACGAGGAAGAGAGAUUUCCAUUGCCUUUUCUCCACACGUUCUUUACUGCUUCGUUCUUCCACUUUCUUAACGUGUAGAACAGGUUACGAAUGUGCUUAUAGUGAAAGUUGAAGUUUCACAAAAAAAAAACUGUAUUGUAUUACCAGCUCAUAACAAUGGUUCGUACUGUGGCAACAAGAUCGUGGAGCAAGGUGAAGAUUGUGAUUGUGGAAGACCAACGGAGUGUCAAGCAGUGGACAAGUGCUGUGUGGCCAGAGAUGACACGCGUGGAACACCAGGAUGUGCAGUGAGGCCAGGAAUGCAGUGCAGGUUAUGUACACCCUAGGGCGUUGGCGUAACGCGCAAAAUAGGCGGGGACAACCUGCUAUCAAGCGCCUUUUUUGGGGGAGGGAGAAAGUCGGCGGACGGCGAGUUUUACAAAGAACAAGGGGAGGACACCUGAUCGUAGGUUAAGGCGGGGAAGCAAACGUUUCCUUGCCAGCCUAACUGCAAAAGUUGACCCAAAUAAACUGCUCGCCGUAGACGCUUGCUAUGGAAGCUCUGGGAAACGUCUUCCCGCACAAACUAGCACAUAGGACACUAGCCAUCAAACUUCGAGUCUCCAGUGCGCAGGGCACAUCGAAAAUCUAUCCAACUGAGUUAGAGUACUUACUCGGUAGGACAUAUUUUUGUUGGAAUUGAGGAAUAUGGUAGCCUGUGUUGUUAAAGGAGUUAUGCACGUUUCGUUUCCCAACUUUCGAUUUUUGCUCGCGCAGACGCGCGAUGUAGAUUAAAAAUGAUAGUUUGCAAGCCCUUUCUAUUUGUAGACUAAAGACAGCUAUCCCUUUUCACAGUUAAGAUUCUUUAUCAUUACUUUUUCCUUUUCAGUCACGUGGCAGGGUCAUGCUGCUCUGAAGACUGUAGAGUCAUCCCAGAAUCCCAAGCGCGCGUGUGUCAAACAGAAACAGACUGCAGAGUGGAGACGACGUGUAAAUAUCCUUUCAUUGGUUCUUGGUCAUAAGGGAGGAAAACUCCCAUUCAGUGCGGCAAAGGGCGACAGUGGUAUAGGAAACACACCUGGUCACAGUCCAUCGUUCAAACAUGCUUAAAUUCAGCUUUGUUUUGAGCCUUGGGUUGAAGCCUAGGAAAACGUACUUGUUUUAGAUUGUCUAGAGUGGCAACUUUAGGGGUACACAGAAGAGUAUUUUCAAACGAGAAGGUAACGUGGUUAACGUUGGUGGAAAUGGAGUAUCGGGAUAAUGAAAUAUUAAUAUAAGAUAAGAAACACAAGUCUAGGCAAGAGUCCGAACAAGUUCAGAUCGGGGUUGCAUGAAAAACGAUGCGCAGAUGCGCAAACAGGAAAUAUAUUCAAGUUCUUACCCAUUGGUGAUUACACUUAGUCAAUCAUUUUUAUCACUAGUCUACAGCCGCCCGCGACCAGUGGUUUUACCGCUGAGCGCUACAAAGCAUGCGUGUGUAAGGUUCGACCGAGAAACCACCGUGUACGGGUGGUUACAUAACUGUGUGUCACAACCUAGUCAUGAUUUGGCUUGCGUUGCCCACGGAAUCAGCAAUCUUAAGUAUGCGUUCGAUUGAUCGUACCUCGGAAUAAGUAUACGCAAAAUUGUUGUUGCAAAUCUCUGGUACCAUGAUUCUUGGACCAUUUGAACGCUAGAUACAGCGGAGUAUUUUAUUUCAAGCAGAUUCCAAGGAAUGCAAAGAAUAGCAACACAAAUAAUUUUCUAGAGUCUAUAUUACGGAAAACCGUCAGUCGAACACGCCCUUAGCCUACGUGUAGCCGCACCAUCCCUCGACAAAGGAAAAACGGAGAGGGGGAGGGUGCGGCUACACGUUGGCCAACACGCCCUAGCUUUAAUGAACUUUUCCUUUAACUCUUCAAAAUGGCCGCAGUGGGCGUUGCCCCGAAGAAUGGAAACCCAGUAACGUAACAUGUAAUAGCGGAUCCAACACUUGCUUGGAUGGUGCCUGUACUGGAUCAAUAUGUGCCCUGUAUGGGACCAAUGAAUGCGAAUGUCAUGACGAUCCAGAUGAGAUGUGCCACGUCUGUUGUAACAGCAGCCUUGUGAGUCUAUCUUAAGUUGGUGGAAUUAAAUAUUUUCUUAUCUUCAGAUGUGUUAAGUACAUUGUAAGGGAAUUACUUUUCCGAAGACAGUUUUGCUGUGAACGUGUAAACAGCUGAAAGUGUAGUUUAGCCGAACAAGAAGAGCUUUUAGCGAAAUAUGUUGGUGGAAAUCUGAGGACAGAAGCCAAGAAAUAUAGGUUUCCUUAAAGUGUUGGUAACUCUGUGCGGCGCUGUUUUAGAACGUCCAAAAAAUUAUUUCGUGUUUUUAUAUUUAUCGUUUUAAGAACCAAAUAGUAGAUUUUUAUUAUCCGAUCUACCCCUUGUCAAAACCCAUUUUCAAACAUGAAUCUUACAUCGAUAUUUAAGAAAGUAGUUUGGUCCGGUGUGGGGAACCUUUUUUAUAAAAAUGCAAGUUUUCAAAAAAGUGGCUGCCAAAAAUCAGUAGCCAUAGUAACAUCAAUGUUGAGGUACACGUCAAUGUUCCCAGAUAAAUUUCGCCAAGUUUGGCGGUCUAGCUUGAACGGUUUUAUUAAACGUUAUUCAAUUUACUAUUAGAGCCGGGGGCCGGUCUGAAUAGGGUUAAACAGAGGAUUUACAAAUUUACGGCCAAAGCCAUCUCUUUUUAGCUCGCUCAAGUACGCUAAUGAUAGCAUGAACAUAGGAGUAAAUCCGCUCGCGUAAGUGCGGUGCACUAGUGCUUGCUGAGGGAAAAAUUCUUUGAUGGGCGGUGGUUGGCAUAUUUUCGUUACUGUAAUGUUCCCAGGCAAGCAAGGAAGAAAAAAGAAAAGAAAACGAGAGCCUCUUAAUAUAACAAGAAGACAUGACCAUGUGCAUUGUUGAUUUGCUGUUGCAGGGAGUCUGUGUGUCAGCCAGCUACUAUCUGGGAAGGGUGAUUCUUAAGCGUCCCGGCAGCACUUGCAAGCUUCAUACUGGGUAUUGCGACUCGUUUGGAUUCUGCAUCACAGUGGAUAGUGAUGACUUACUGAACAAUCUCAGGGACGCCUUUAAAAGAUUAUUCUCCAAAGCUGCUAUAAAAAGCUUGUGGACCUGGAUUAAGGGACACUGGUACGUUUUUCAAUGUUUUGAGUUGGCCGGACGAAUAAGGGGGACAGUUCCUAAAUUAGCCGUGGUGUUGCCUCGGUUGGGAAAGUGAAACAAAAAAGGUUUUAUCAACUGAGCUGAUGAAGUAAAUUGGCUGUUGUAGUGAGGUUAAGAAGCAGACUUAUCAAGCGCUUGCCCCUUCGUCAGAGCUAGCCUGACAGGCUUCAAGAUAGAAAUGUACAUAGAUCGUGAAAAACGCACUGGGUGAGAGAGAGAGGGCUUCCCCAGAUCAUGCGCGUCUUAUUCUCACUUGUUUUGUUCCGGUGAACCUCACACUAUCUGAGAACCUGGGGCAGACUACUUGAGAGCGGGUCGAGCAUGGUUUACAUACCGGAUGUUGGAGAUAUGAUAUUGGUGGGAGCAUGGUAACGUGAAAAACAGUAAUAAAUUAACUGACUUUGAAUAUACGAAGUAAAUCAUAUACGUGAACUGAACAUGAAUAGAUGACAGUGGAUGUGAUCCGCGUAACUGAACGACUAACUUUUCUUCUUGUCUUAUAAUUUUUCCCCUGUAGGUUCCUUCUCCUCAUUAGUAUCGGCGGCAUUUGCCUGAUCAUUGCUCUAUUCAAGGUCACAUAUCGCUCCAGAACAAGUCUCACAGGUCUUGCAAGACGCACUGUCUUGCGAUGCCUUGUUGGAAACCAGCAGGCUGUGCACGUAAGAAGCCAUGAAGUAUCUGCGGCAGACUUUGACGAAGUCGUGGGAGAUAUAAACUUGUAA